AUGGCUGUUGACUUCUUUCUGAAAAACUUGAGAAUCAAAACAGUGCGCGCCAUCAUUGACCACAUUACUGAGACCAUACCGGUCCCUGGGGAAGGGCUGUGGGAACCCCUGAGCCUGGACUAUACCAAGUGUCUGGCAUCGCUUUUACGUUACCGUCCUCACACUGAGCAUCUUGACAAAGAAGACUGGGGAGUCCUCAUAAGCUUUUGCCUUGCAGGUCUUAGCUACGGGGAGAACGAAGAAAGUCAAUUGAGUAUUCGAAGCGGUUAUCGAUCCGUUCUCGAAGAUCUAGAUGCCAGCGACAGCCAUUCUACCCCCUUGAGAGUGACCGCCCCCAUCCCAGUCAGCAGGGAAAGGCAUAAUGGCAAUAGAAAUGUCAUUGAAGAAGUUGUAAUCUGUAUUCAGCUCUUGACAACAAGCCCAACCCCUCUUCAAGCUACAGCCCAAAGCAUCCUUCACGGACUUUCCGAUUUUGUUGAGUCAUCUGUGGCUGGAAAUGCACACCAGCUCGCGUUCAAUAGCAUCAAUGCAGUCGUUACAAAAGUCAUGUUUGAUCAAUCCGAGCUUGUCCGUUCCGUUCUCUUGGGCCUGAUUCCAGUAAUUCGACGCCUAUGGGCCACUAAGUUACAGAUUCUCAAGGAGGAGUUACUUGCCACUUUGAUGCUUUCUAUGAUCGUUCUCGUGGACACUGCUCGAAAAGAGCCAUCUGAAUCUCUGGCAUUUGAUAUCGAAGGACUGGCUAGUACACUUCAUUCGGAAUAUGUGAGGCGAUCAGAAAAAGAGAUCUUACAAAUCGACGAAACAAUGCUCUACCAAAAUGAAGCAUGCCAGAACAGACCAGUGUAUGGACCUUGCCUCGGAACUGCUAGAUCGGAGCAAAACUGGACAGUCCUCUGGUUGAUCGCAGAGCUUCUUAAGCUCUCGGACGGAAUUCAUAACCGAAUCAAGUCUGGCUCAACACGCGAAGGCUCAAACAAAAGGCAGCGCUUCAGUUCUGAGAUCCGGGACGUAUUUAGAGACUCGGUCUCGGCCACAGGCAUCAGGAGAAUAUGCGCAUUACAACUCAUCCCAUUCCUCGAAUCCGAGAUUGACAUUGAGACUAAGGAGCCCUUUUUCAAGCAGCUGGUUCUGAAUGUCUCUGGCGGCAAUGGCGCUGUGUCAUCCUGGACAAUGGUUGCUCUGACGAGGUACGUAAACGAAUAG